AUGAAAGCAAUUCCCGAGGUUGAAACGACCCGAGCCCUUCACAUAAUUUUUAGGCACCAGCGCGCCUGUGAAGAGCCAUCUUACCAAAGAUUUCUGCGUCGCGAGUCAAAGAAAAAUGUUUACUUGACAUCGGAGUCGAAGAUCGACAGCCUGAAACAGAUGGUUAAGAGGGAUUAUGCUAUCCACGGAACCGUCGAUCAUCCUAGGCUUUGGACCUUGCGCAGCCGAGACGACAGUGCCGUUCAAAAAAAUCUUGGUACUCCUCCUGUUCCCCGAUCAGAUUCUCAAGACCAACUUCCUCCACGUCCCCUUGCUGAAGCUGCUGAGGAUGAAGCGAGUGCGCUCCGAUUGAACCAGCUGGUUGAUGAGCUGGAUCUAGCCUUGAGGACAACAUGA